AAUCACCCUUUGGGAAAAAUAUGGGUUUUGUGGAAUAAAAAUAAAGUUAAAGUCCAAGUAAUGGAAAGUGAGGCUCAGUUUGUUCACUGUAGAAUAAGGAAGAUGGAGAAUAAUGAAUUCUACUGGACUACUUUCAUUUAUGCAUACAAUGAUAGGGGCAACAGGAAAUCUCUAUGGAGUCAGAUUAGAGAAUAUGCAGAUUCCAUCAAAGAACCAUGGUGCUGCAUAGGGGACUUUAAUUCCAUCUUGAAUGUGGAAGACAGGAAAGGGUGAAUACCAGUCACAGAAGAGGAACUGAGGGACUUCAGGGAGUGUGUUAUGGAGAGUGGAUUGGAGGAAAUACCCUCCACAGGCCCUUAUUAUACCUGGACAAACAAUCAGCAAGAAGAGAAUAUGAUAUUCUCUAAAUUGGAUAGAGCGUUGUGUAAUGUGGAAUGGAGUUUGAAGAUGGAUACAAAAGUGAAGGUCCUAAGUGGAGGAGUGUCUGAUCACUCUCCAUUGCUUAUCACAAAUGCAAACUCUCAAAGACAAGGACACUGCUUCAGAUACUGUAAUAUGUGGAGUAGUGACUCUAUGUUUCACGCCAUUCUUACCCAAAAUUGGAAAACAGAUCACUCACAAAGAAAUAUGUAUCAGCUGGUUAAGAACUUAAGAGCACUAAAAGAGCCAUUCAGGAAACUCCAUUCCAGAUUUAAAAUGAUACAUGAACAGGUGGAUGCAGCCAGGGAUGAACUUUGGGAGUUUCAGAAGAAAAUCCAAAAGGGGGAUAAUCAAGUAGGGGUAGAAGAUAAGGAAAAGGAGCUGAAAGACAAACUGUACAAGGCCAUUAAAGCUUCUUACCAAAUGAAAUGCCAACAAAGUAAGCAAGAAUGGAUUACUGAAGGGGAUAAAAACUCUAAAAUGUUUUAUGCAUGGAUUAGGAAAAGAAGAGCUCAGAAUCAAAUACUGGAAAUAAAGACAGAAGAUGGGGAGACAGUUGAAGGUUCUGCAGAUAUAGCAAAGGUGUUUGAGAAAUACUAUACAAAAUUGCUGGGAACUAAAGGGACAACUGAAAUGGUUAACCCUAAGAUACUACAGGAAGGAAAAGUGUUGGGGGCUAAACUACAAAUGGGGCUGAUCAAAGGAUUUAAAAACCAGCAGUUCCCAGAACAAUUCAUAAGUUGGGUAAUGUUCUGUGUCUCCACCCCAAGCUAUACACUAAACGUAAAUGGAAGCCAGUAUGCAUACUUUAAAGGAGCUAGGGGAUUAAGACAAGGGGACCCUAUGUCUCCAUUACUGUUUGUGCUAGUUAUGGAAUAUCUUACUAGAUCCUUCCAAGCUGCAGUUAAUAAGGGUAGGUUUGGGUUCCAUCCCAUGUGUGCUAGCGUGAAGAUAGUGAAUCUAUGCUUCGCAGAUGAUCUAAUUGUAGUGUGUAAGGCUGAGACCAAGGCUGUGAAUUGCAUUAUGAAGGUCCUCGAAGAGUUUAAACUAGCUACUGGUUUGAGUAUUAACUAUAAUAAAUCACACAUAGUCUUUGGGGGUAUCAAUGAGCAGAUUAAGGAAGAAUUACUGAAGAUUACUAAAAUGAAAAUGGGAACACUGUCAUUCACAUAUCUGGGCAGUCCCAUUACGGCGGCCAGGCUAUCAGCAAGUGAUUGUGAAGCAUUGGUACACAAAAUUACAACAAAAAUAGGAGCUUGGGGUUCAAGGCAUUUCUCAUAUGCAGCUAGAAUCAGAAUUAUAAACUCAGUGUUGAUGGGGAUCAUUACGUUCUAGUCAAGGAUCUUCAUUAUCCCAAAAGGAGUGAUAAAGAAGGUGACAUCAAUUUGCAGGAAUUUUCUUUGGGGCAGCUCCAGUGACUAUAAAAGAACUCCUUUGGUGAAAUGGGAAGAGGUAUGUCAGAGAAGAAAUUAUGGAGGGCUGGGACUGAAAAACAUAUUCAACUGGAACAGGGCCAUAGUCAUGAAGCUAAAUUGGGACAUUGCAAAUAAAAAGGAUGUACUAUGGGUUAAAUGGAUCCAUAAUAGGUACAUUAGAGGGGCUGAUUUCUGGAAUUAUCUACCUAGAAAGGAUUCAUGCCAAUAUUGGAAAGCUAUGAUCAAAGUUAGAGAGGUUUUUAGACCAAUGCCAACAAGCAAAGACUACAAAGUGAAGGAGGGGUAUAACUGGCUCCAGGCUGAAGGAGCUAAACCACAAUGGACAAAAUGGGUGUGGAAUAAAUUCACACCACCCAAAUUUCAGGUAGUGUUAUGGCUGUACAUGCGUGGAAAACUGCAGACUAAAGAUCGAUUGGGGAGAUUCCUACCUGUGGAUAUGAGAUGUGGAUUGUGUGAAGAGGAGAAUGAAACGGCCAAGCACCUAUUCUGGGACUGUAAAUAUGCAAAGUGGGUGAUGAAGCAAGUGUUUGAUAGAUAUAACAUCUUGGUCCAAGCUAAUAGCGUAGAGGAGAUGGAAGAUACAAUGAUGAAAGGAAAGGGAAAUGCCACAAAGUUGAAGAUUGCAGCUAUAUGGGCAGCCUGUCUUUAUAGUAUUUGGAGAGCUAGAAACAAAAUAGCUCACCAAAACAGGUGUACGGCAGAAGAGGCUAGAGACUAUGUUAUUAGCUAUAUAAAUUUUUAUUUUAUGUAUAAAAAAGGUAGAUGAUUGUGGUUAGAAGUCUUGAUGAGUGUGUACAAAACUUUGGAGUUAGUAAUGAAUUGAGUGUUUUUGG